UAUAGUGAACUGAAAAAUGUUUCAAAAAAAUCCAAAAGAAAAGUCAUCUGAUACAGUCGACAUGGCAUUUGGAAAACCGAGAAGACGAAGUUCGAGUGUAUCUAUAUACAAACCCGAUAAAAUGACAAGUCCUGUCGUUCGACAAAGACGAAGAAGUUCAAGCAUUUCAGUGCAAGCGAAAUUGUCCGCUGAGGGUGCACCAAGUCCUUUAUCAGGUGCAUACAAAAGGCGUGGCAGUACUGUUUCUUUGUCUGCCGAUGGUGUUUCAAAUCCCAUGGGGUCGGGGUACCGAAGACGAAGUUCCAGUAUGUCACUUCACGACCUAACGAAAAAUGUUCAUAAUAUUGAACAAUUGCAAAUGUUACAUGCUGUAUAUCAAGAUGACACGGACCAGGUUUGGGAAUUACUCAGUUCUGGAUCUGAUCCAAAUCUUAUCGGGAGUGAAGGGUCGCCAUUAUUGCAUAUAGCAGUUGAAAGCGGAAAUGAAGAAAUGGUUAAAGUUCUGCUCAGUUCUGAGAAAUGCAAAGUUGAUAUUGAGGACGUAUUUGGUCAAACACCGAUGAUGAAAGCCACAAUAUUUGAUGAUGUUACUAUUAUGAAGAUUCUACACAAAGCAGGAGCCAAUUUAGACAGUGUAGAUAAAACAGGAAGAACUCCUUUACUGUCGUGCUUACUAGACGGGAAGUCUCAGGCUGCAAGAUAUUUAAUAAAACACGGAUGUGACGUCAAUAUUGUAGAUGAUUUUGGCCAAAGUGCACUUUUCCAGACGAUAAAUAACAAACAACCUAAUUGUGUAAAGACUGUGCAGCGAUUAAUGAAAGCAGGGUAUAAACUUGACAAAGACAAGAAAUGGAUGGAAGAAGACGGGUUUGAUGUUAGAAUUAUUCACACGACAGGAUUGUGUACAAAGCUUUUGGGGAAAUUUAGAAGUAGAAUGAACAAAAUCAAAUCGGACAGGUCUGCAUCUUCCGGGGUUCGUCGACGUGUUCUGACAAUAUAUGAUUGAUAUUUUUGUGUAAUUUUUAUGUUUGUUUGACCGACACUUUUGUGUUAUUUUUAUGCAUAUUUAUGAUUUAAUGGACAUGUUUUCCUUUUCCACAAUUCAUCAACUGAACAUUAAUGAAAUUGUUUUGUAUUUUGUAUAUUAUAUCUUCCUGACUUGUUUAGAAACAUCUGUGCUCUAGACCUACUUCUCAGUUGUAUAUAUUUGUUUUCUUUUACUAAAUAUCAGCUUUUUUUUAAUCAUCAGUAUUAUAUGAGUUUUACUCUCUUAUUAACUAACUCUUUGUUUUUUAAAACACGUUUUACUCGUGUACACACCAUAAAUCCUAACUGACCACAGCCUAGCAAAAUAUAACUCCCCCUCCCCACCACCACCAAAAACCUUUACUUUUGCAACUGUGAUAGCCUAAAUGCUGCAUUUAUAAAAAAAAAUUGUCUGUUACUAAAUCAUUGUUUCAAGAGAUUAUAUUUUUUACAAUUUUCUCUACAUUAUAUUCCUCAAAAUUCCAAAUAUCACUUUAAAUCUGGUGUUUUGGAUAAGUCACAAACUUAAUAUCCUUUCAGCAUUGUAAUGACUAGACAAAGUCGGAUUGAUUUCCCUAAGAAUAUGUUCAUAUCUUGUGAAUAACUUGCAACUGUGCAUUUGAUGUAAUGGCCAAAUGUUUGCAAAUUUAGUAACUUUAAUACCGAGAACUAGGUUGAAUCAAAGCAUCACGAAGUAAAUCAAAGGAAGGCAAUAGACUUAUUUACACUUUUAUGCAAAUUUGUCCGCCUUUAAUUGAAGUCAAACAAGUUCCCGUAACAUUUUGAGUCACAAUUUAAAUAUUUGACGUAAUAAUUAUAAAAGGAUUGUAGCUUGACAUCAAAAGGUUAUUCGGAGAUAGCUCUAUGUUCUUUCGGAGACAAAAUUCAGCUACAUACCCAAUGUAUAAAUACGUUUAUAAAGACAGCCUUGUGACUAAACUUAGACAAACCGAUCAAUAUCGACGACAAAAGUGUCCAAUUAAAAAGAAUAACAAUCAUGCUAAAACUUUGAAUAUACGAACUGCUUUUAUUCUUUGGUGAAGGUUAGUUAUAGUUUUAAGCUCCGCCAUUAAAUAUAUCUUAAUGCCGUGAUAAUUUAUUGUCAUACAUUUUUGGCUAGAAUACUGUCAAGGACGAAUAAAGAGUUAUAUCUAGGUCGUAAUAGAUUUGUAUUUGUGGACUGAUCAUUUUUACUUUGUUUAGAAGGAAAACAGAUAAUCUUGAUACAUAUAACAUUUUUAUGAUUUCAAAAAAUUGGUUACAACAACCCUUUUAAUAUGAAAAAGAGGCUGUCAUUUUGUACCUUUCUAAAGGAAAUAUAUCCCAUUGGUCUUUCGUUUCGUAUCACAAAUGUUAUAUUUUUUUUAGAGAGAAAUAGAAUUGAUUUCGCUGACGCCAAUAUACAUAGUUUGCUAAAGAAUGACGCUAUUGAAGUAUGUUCGAAUCUACCAUGUCAACAUAACCGUAUUCUAUAAUUAUACAUUAAGGUACGUGGGUGUUUUCAACCUACAUGUUUGCUAACAUUAGAGCUGCGUCGGAUAGAAAUCGACCUUAUGCAAGUGCACGUAUACAUGUACAUGUAUAAGACUUUGAUUGACAUUGGAACAUUCAAAUGCGAUAUAAACGAUGAAUUUGGGUCUGUUUUGUAGGGUUCAACUAAAUUUUCAAACAGUUCCAGACUUUGCGUAGAGAUUUUUGCAACCCGAUUUAAGUUAACAGAUGUUUUGACAUUCAUUCACAUAAGGUUGAUUUCUAUUCGACGCAGUUCAUUUAAAGAAUAUACAUAUAACAUAUACCAAAAAAAUUUUAUAUAUAUAAUAGGUGUUGUUAUAUCAAUUAUGAAAAGGACGGUUAGUAUUUUUGGACAAUGUAAACAUUUCACAUUCUAUAAAAUUAGAAAAAAGCAAGAAAAUAGAACAAUAAAAAUUGUUGUACUAAAUAUAAAAUUUAAAAGAAGCAGCCAACACUUAUUUUGUUAUAUAACAUUCAAUCUACAACAAUAUAUUUGUAUGCAUAUUUCUAAAUUUUAAAAUGUUACAUAUGUUUAAUGAACUACUACCUAUAUUGCACAAAUGACAGAAGUCACCAUUAACGGUGGUGGAAUAAUUCGGACUGUAGUUAUCAAACAUCUCCUUUUUAAGAAAUUCAGUUCAAAUGUAUUACACAAUUGAAACAAAUGUUAAAUAGAAACUUAUAUACUAUGUGUAAAGAAAUUAUAGAAAGAAAUAGCAGAUACCAAUUUCAAUUGCCUCAAAACCUCAAAAAUGAUUGGUUGCAUGCUUGAGGUUUUUCUGUAAAGAAAAAAAUACAUGUAUGUUAUGUUCAGUCUUAUACCUUUCCAAAUAUAUGUGUUUCUUAAUCAAAUGACUUUAUAAUUAUUUUUUACUUCAUUUUGUUUAACCUCUGCUCAUCAUCUCUUCUAUAUGAAUUAUGGGUAUAAAUAAAACAUUAUAUCAUAACAGUUACAAUAAUAAUAUGAGUUUCGGGAAAUGAAACUAAAGUUGUCUUUAUAGUGCUAUAUUUAUUGGUUUUUCCUUUGAUGUUAUUCGAAAAGCAAUUACAUAUUUUGAUGUGAUCACCCGAUAGAAUAUGUUAUUUUUAUCAUAUGAUUGGUUAUUCUAAUGUUAGCAUGUAAUUGUUUAUAUUUUAGUUAUCACCAAAUUGUAUAUCUUAAUUUUAUCACUUGAUCAUAUAUUUUUGUGUUUUCAUAUGAUUGUAUAUUUUGU